CGGCGUACAGUCGAGCGGAAAACCCAAUAUCAGUUUUCCUUUUCUCUAUUCGUAUUCGGUUCGAUAUUAUAUCGGUUUUUAUGUAAGUUAUUACUAUUCGUAUCUGCGGACAACAUUUAUUAUUGUCGGUUUAUAGGGAUUAACUGUACUUAUUUAUAAAGAAUAUGAGAAGAACCGGACGCCACAAGUUUAUACGGAUAUCAGUAUUUUUUCUAGUUUAUUCGGUUAUACAUGCGGUUUCCGUAAGGUCGGACAAAAAGGACGAUGACGUCAAACUUCCAGAACCAAAUCCAACCCCUUCCAGUAUUACAUUACCCAAAACUACCACACCGCUGCCUGAUAAAGAGCUACCACCGAAGAAAAGUCCAUCGGACAAAUUGAAACAGGAAGCGACAACAACGACGCCUGCUCCCCAAGGAAAAGGCUUCGAGAACACAAAGACGAAUGCAACGAAAAAAGAAUUGGUGGGACAAGAAGCUUCUGGAGAGAAUAAUUUGAAGGCUGGAACAACAGCAACAUCGCAUAAUAAAACAGAAGAGAAAAAUUAUAAUUCCACGAAAAAACCAAAUGAAGAAACAAAAGUAGGCACCACCAAGAGCACUAGCAAUGAGGCUAUCAUCAGCCCUAGUCAUCAGUGUACACCAGCGGCAAUACGUCAGUUUCCAAGGCCAGGAAUAUCCCAAAACGUUCGGAAACACGGUGGGCUCAUAAUCCACAUUCUCGUAGCCAUAUACAUGUUCAUUGGAUUAGCAGUAGUGUGCGACGAAUAUUUCGUGGCAUCUCUCGACAGGAUUUGCGAGGAACUAAAGAUGUCGCCGGAUGUGGCCGGAGCCACGUUCAUGGCCGCAGGAAGCUCGGCGCCAGAGUUGGCUACAGUUAUCAUUGGGGUGUUUUAUGCAGAGGAUGAUAUUGGAAUAUCUGGAGUGAUUGGAUCAGCAGUGUUCAACAUCAUGUUCGUGAUAUCAGUUUGUGCCUUAGCAACUGGUACUAUGGUCUACUUAAACUGGUGGCCAUUGAUGAGAGAUUCCGCUUUCUAUGCUCUCUCAAUUUUAAUCAUGUUGGUUGUCAUUGUGGAUGAAAAUGUCAAUUGGAUAGAGUCAUUGAUAAUGCUACUAGUCUACGUUGUCUAUUGCGUAGUACUAUACUUCAAUCCGGCGCUAGAAAAGUGGGCCCAUACUCUCCCAGUGCCCUUCAAAACGGUAGUACCUAAUGAACAAUCAGGCCUUGUAAGUUAUAAAAGUCUUGAGGAAGAUGGUAAGCAUGGUAAAUAUGGCAUGGAUUAUAAUUCCAUGGAGCAACAAGAGCAGCAACAGCCUCAACAACAACAACAACAACAACAAGAACAUUCUGUUUGGAAUCCUGGGAACGAGUGGAGUCCUGAAAAACAGCCUGCAACAACUUUCCAGGAAGAGCCAUUGAGUGGAGCAGUUUUAAAUCAAGCAACUAUCGAUGUAGCUCCCACUCAAUCAUCAAAGGUAGCUGCCCCAUCACAGCAGGAUUAUUACAAGCCUAAAGAGUACGACCCUAGCACUAAAAUUAACCCGUUGCUUAAACCUACAGGUGAUGCUGCUGGCAUAUGGGCGAAUUUCAAGUGGGGCUUACUCUAUCCAAUUCACUUUUUCUGCAUUUACACCAUGCCUGAUUGUAGGAGCGACAGAUUUCGUAAUUGGUAUCCAUUUACAUUCUUCGUAUCCAUGGUAUGGAUAUCGUUUUAUUCUUAUUUUAUGGUUUGGAUGAUUACGAUUAUUGGCUACACUUUGGGAGUACCAGAUACAGUCAUGGGACUAACCUUUGUUGCCGCUGGAGUUUCAGUACCGGACGCGUUGUCCAGUAUAGCUGUUAUUAAAGAAGGGUAUGGUGACAUGGCAGUCUCCAAUGCCAUUGGUUCAAAUGUGUUCGACAUUUUGAUUUGUCUGGGUCUUCCAUGGUUCCUGAAAACUGCUGUAGUGUCUCCCGGAACACAUGUUAAAGUUAUAAGCAAAGGUUUAACUUACUCAACAUUAUCUCUGCUCUCGACUGUAGUGUUCCUCGUACUGGCAGUACACUGGAACGGUUGGAAAUUGGAUAGAAAAUUUGGUAUAGUUCUAAUGAUCUGGUAUUUAGUGUUCAUUACAUUUGCAAGUCUUUAUGAAUUGAACAUUUUCGGUUACAUGAACCCUCCUGAAUGUUUAACCGACUAUUAAAGUGUGUCCCAAAAAUCUAUAAUUUAAAAUUUUCUGUGACACACUUUAUUUGUAUAGGUAUAUUGAAUAUUAUGUUUCUGUCGCAUGUGUGGUAGCAAUAAACAAACCAAAAAUAUACAAAAAAGAAAUCAAUGUUCAAUUUUUGAUGUAGCUGUGUCAAUAUUAGAAUUAGUACCCGUCCUGCUGCUAAACUAAGAAGUGAAUAGUUGUCAAUUUAUGUUCAAUUAUUGUUAGAUAUUGCGAUGUUCAAAUUAACGGUAGAGUAUAAUGGGACUAUGGCAAUUUACCAACACUUCAUAGUCUAUAUUUCGAAACAAAAACAAUUAUUACAAAUUAUAAAUUUUUGCCGUUCAAUUAUUACUACGACAACGUACAUUGUAUAGUGUCAAUAUUAUAAAGGCAUUUGAAACAAUAAUUUGUAAAAUUAAAAUAUUUUUUAUGGGUAACAUCGAAAAUUUUUUAAAACAGUGACAGUUGAGUCACUGAAACUGUAAAAAUAGGAUUAAGUAUGGAGAUUUUUUUCUUUACUAUAUGCAUUUAUAGAUAUUUUUAUUUCAAUAUACCAAGUACCUAAAAUGGAGGCAACAUUAUAGUUAGGUGCAUACCUACCUGGCUGUAAAUUAUUUCUGCCAAGCCAAACAAAUGAAAUAAUAAUGUUUCACAUAGUUUAGCACGUUUAUGAUCUCCCAUGACCAAAACUUUUUAUAAAAAUAUGUUAGGUAUUGAAUUCGCCGAUAAGAUUUUUUAUUAAAUCACCGUCACAAAAUUGAAAGUUUGUUAGAAAUCAAUCUAGAUGUCCCAGCAAAGGACCCCGCACAUUUCUUAUGGAAAAGUGAUCUAUGUGGAAUUUUGCUGAAUUUUUGAUAUUGUGUAUAGGGAGUCGUCCUUAACAAAAGUGAUCAUUGCGCUAAUGUUCAAUACCCAACAGUUUUCAAGAUAUCAAUUAAAAACUUUUUUAAUUUGAUACUCUUCAGUAUGACGUCACCAGUAUGCUCACAGCACCAAAAAUUUAAACUAUCCUUUUCACUUUUGACUUUGACUACCUAUACUUAUACUCUUCUCUUUUUAACAUUCCGUGCGAAAUUAAAAAAAACAACAAAAGGUACAAAUGAAAUCGCUAUAUGACAGACAUCAUCACAUGAAGUUGACGAUUGCGGCAGGAGCUAGGUGUUGUUUACAUACCUACCUAUUUGUCACUAAUCGCUAUCGCUAUCUUUUUUUUUCUUUAAUGUUAAAAGGAGAAGAGUAAAGUCAAAGUCAAAAGUGGAAAGGAUAGUAAUAAUUUUCGUUGCUGUGAAUGACGUCAUACUGAAGAGUAUCAUAUUAAAAAAGUUUUUAAUUGAUAUCUUUAAAACUGUUGGGUAUUGAACAUUAGCGCAAUGAUCACUUUUGUUAAGGACGACUCCCUAUACACAAUAUCAAAAAUUCAGCAAAAUUCCACAUAGAUCACUUUUCCAUAAGAAAUGUGCGGGGUCCUUUAUGACAAGUAAAGGCCAUUAUUCUAUUCUGUUUAAAAAAGUUUUGCUGGGCCAACAUAUAAUUAAUAGCUUUUUAUUUUGUAUUAAAAACGGAUUUCCGUACAAAAUUUAAACAUUUUCAAAAUGUUAAUAACACAACCCUUGUUCCUAAUUGUCUAGCUUCGUUAAUAAUAUUUACUAAAAUUGAAUAACUAUUGUCUGUUUAUAGAAUCUUUUAUAAAUCAUGUUUUCUUCCUUUGAUAUUUAUCAGUUCUACCUCUUUCCUAAAGAUUCUAUCAUGUCCUAAAAAGUUAUGAAUUCUUAAAAAUUUAUUAGAUAUAUUAUUGUUAUUGUGAUUUUAAGAUUUUUAACAUUUGUAUUGUAUUCUAAAAUAUGGUUUUAAAAAUUUAUACUUAGUGUGACCAGUAAAAUAUGCAUCAUAUGGGUAUAAUGCAAAGUUGGCUUACUAGGUAUUUCAAUUAAAAAAAAAAAAAAACAGAUUAAUCCAAUUUUUUGACGCACAGAAUUGGAGAAGCAACAACUUUGCUGAUCCAGUAAAAAAAAUCUAUUUGUUUUUAUUGGUCACGCUCAUACUAUUUAGGAUACUUUUAAGAAAUAACUCUUGGACAAAAAAAGCAAUAAUUUAGUAUCUGCACAAGAAAACUUUGUUGGAAAUCUUGAAGAAAAAAUAUAGUAAAAAACAAAGAAAUAUUUCUAAACGAGAAAAGCAAUUUUACCUUCCUCACAGUACAAACCUCGGCACAAACAUAAUACUCAUUUUAAUUAAAUUUUUUUGAAAAUUGUGUACCUACUGCUAUUUUUGUCCGGUAGUAUUAAAUAUAUAUCGUCCCUAGUAUUUUUAAUAGAUGCUCUUAAUUUCCUUUCUCAUUCGAAUCCAUAAAAGUUGUAUCUAUUAGAAAUAUCAAAAUGUUUUACUUAUCUAUUAAAUUAUAAAUGUAACGUGCGACAAUAAAAAAGCCUUAAAUUUAAUACCAUAUAGGCAGUUAUCCACAAACAAAUUUCUUCUUGUCUUGGUUGAACCGCUUAUUUAGACGAGUUUUUGCCAUUUUUGUGUAGGAAUAGUAUUCAAAACUUUGAAAUAGGAAAUUUGAAGGAAAAGGCAUCAUUUUAAAAAUUAAUCUUCCUAAGUUGAACCAGUAGCUGGGAUUACACACAAGCCAUUCAAACCAAUCGAGAAAAGUUAAUGAGAUUUUGGGCGAAAAAAGCCUUGAUUUAACGCACCUCAAAUAAAAACGUACUCAGUAUUUGGAUCUGCCACCGGUUUACAACCCGCGCACUGCGCACUUCUGGUUCGGUUUUUGAAUGAAUGAGCUCCCUUGAAAUCUUUUGUCCAAAAUUUCAUUUCUAUUUCUCCAAUUGAUUUCCAUUUUACACCAGCGACUGGGUCAAUGAUAAUAUAUUAUACAUACAGGGUGACAAUUUGAAAUGCUCUAUACCUUUAAGAGUGCGCUUCUCGAUGCUGAAAAUCGCGAGUGCGCCUUUGCUAUUUUAAUAAAAACAGUUGCAUCUAGAAAAUUUUACCGGAAACUUUUUUCAAGGAUAUGUUUAUGUGCUUGUUUGACCAGUAAAAUUUUUUUGAUUUUUCUCAUUUUAUGAUUUUUUUUUUCAAAAAAUGAGAAAAAUCAAAAAAAAAUUACUGGUCAAGCAAGCACAAAAGUAGAUUCUUAAAAACAGUUUUUGUUAGAAUUCCCUAGAUGCAACUGUUUUUAUUAAAACAGCAUAGUCGCAAACGCGAAAUACCUAUUUUUUCAGCAUCGAUAAGCGCACUCUUAAAACCAAACCAAAGCGUUUCGAAUUGUUUCGGCACUAUAAUUAUAUGUACCUACUUACUUAAGCCAAAGUUAACUAAGCUCCACCACCCCCACCAACCACAUAAAAACAUUCUACAGCUCUGAAUGGUAAUAAUUAAAGUAACUACAUAUGUCUUAUAUAAUCUUGGAAAAUAAUUAGCAAAUAAAUGUUUGAAAGGACUUUUGAUACAAUGACAAGUUUCAAUUUUCUCUACUCUUUAAUAAUGACAUAAUGCGACAACCACGUUUAAAGGACCAUAUUGUGAGUCGAUUUUAAUCUGACACUUUCCGUAUGAGGAGCGAGGAGGUUAAGUAUAUGGCAAAAACAGGUGUGACGUCAGGUGACCAUUGGCGUUGUAACGUAGGGAACCACCAGCUCACAUUUUUUUGAAGUAUCAGAUUAAAAUCGACGGACUUUGAUACAUCAUACCUCCUAGAUACUUUCAGCAAACCAGUAGGAACUGCUGGUGCUGUCCAUUUGAGCUCAUUGACAUAGUUAUGAGCUUUAUGUGCAAACAAAAUCUGGUCUUUCAUCCGUCAUAUUAUAGGCCGUAGGUACAGGGUGAUGUAACAAACAUUUUACAAGAUUGGCAUAAAUAUCUCCAGAAAAGAAUUUGUAAUAUGCAUUUUUUGUUGUGCUGUACCAUACGCUCUGCAUGUAAGUAUGGACAAUUCUGGCAUGUCUCGUUCCAUUUUCUUUAAAAAAUGUUUCAAACUCUCAAGAUCCUGUAGCGUAACAUUGGGUGGUAUAUGUACGAAGUACUUGCUACUACUACAAGUAUUAGUAUGUUCUACGUAGUUACUUCAAAACGAAGUAGAUACUACAUUUCGAAACUACCGGAAAUUAGUAAAUGCUUCUUUGUAAAGUAAAUAGGUACUAUGAAGAAUAUACUAAUACUUGUAGUAGUAGCACGUAUUUCAUUUUUAUUCAUACCACCCAUUAUUUGACACGAUGACGUCACAUACACCAUAAAAGUUCCAGAUAGGUAUCGUUAAACCUUUAUUGUAAUAUUCGGUGACGUUGACGAUAAGACCUCUAACCAUUGAACAGAGCAACCACCAUGAGGAAAUAGCGCCCAUUCGGGACAAUGUAAAGUGAGCACUGGGCCAAGAAAAUAAUUCUUAUUAAUGAAUAGGACUUCUUUCUGCUUGGCAUCCUCUCAAAGUCCAAAUCAGGACAUGGUAUUGGUAAUCUGUUCAGGGCAUGUGCAUGUAACAUCUCUUUUCCUGGCAUAUCUCGUGGUAUAGUAAAGCAAAGAAUUAUUCUUCAUCUGAGCAUGUGUGGAGAAACUACUUCAGAAAUUGCUUUGUAUUGUGUUAUGAUCCAAGUAGUAGUUGACAAUAAAUGAUAAAUGCGAAUUGUAAAUCGAGAAUACAUUAUAGGUAUGAAAUUUUUGAACGACAACUAAUUGUGAGUUCUUCUCUGUCGACCUAUUCAUAUGCAAAAUUUGGUUCCGUUGAUGAUAAAGGUGAGUGCCUACAACUGGUAGAAACCACUAGAACUCACUUACCAUUAAAGAUUUGACUGACUCAGUGCUCAACCCACUACAUAACGACUUGCUAGACAAAGAUUCUUUUUUUUUUAUAAACGCUUCAUUUUAUCUUGACAACGACAAGGUAAGGCUACCGUUACUACCUCAUGGCGUAAAAACAUAGCAAAAAUGGAUAAUUCCAAGAAAAGCAUCAUGAACUUCAACUCUACACUUACCGUUUCUCUUUUUCCUGAAAUUCUGAGUCCUGAAAAUUCAAUUUCUCUUGCAUACACUGGCUGGAUCUACAGUUGAUAAAUGCCAAAUAAGGUAUAUUCAAUUUUGCCUCCAGCCGUUGUCAGAAGUUAUGGCACUGAAUAAAUAUCUUUCUCUACUGCUGAAUGAAGAACUUGACCGUAAUCUGCGUAAUAGCCAUCGAACCGAUCAGCCAUUUCCUGAUUGGGACUAGAUACUACACAAUGGAGAGUUGCACUUUUUGUGAAAACUUAUUUACAGAUAAUAUUCCUACAUACAUGUUGGUAGGGUUUCAUUAAUUUUCAAAAUAAUAAUUGUAGUUUUCCGUUUGGGUUAUAAAGGGUGGUUGGAGGAUUUUAUUAAUGUAGGCUUUUGGAAAACACACAUCUCUUUUAUUAUUUUAAUUCUUGUAUCUCAAAGACUAUUAAAGGUGGAAUGAAAAAUAGUUUACAAAUCGCUUUAUUCCUUCGGAAGUGUCAAAACUGUAUCAAAAAUUAGUGUUAUUCAUUAGUAUUUCUUUCUCCAUGAAUUGGUAACAUGCAGAAAUAUCGUUUCUACUGAUAUUUUCACUAUUUUAUUUGAAAGUAUAGUUGAAUUUGUUUUUUUGUUAAAUCAAAAUUUCAUAAAAAGGUCAAUAUGGAGUUUCCUUCUUCUGUUACUAUUAGGGAACUCUAUAAGUACUUGUUAAAAUAUUAUAUGUAGGUAGUUCAAUUAUUAUUCUAGCUAAAUAUAUAAACUAAUGAAUAAAAUAUAGGCCAACCUAAUUUUAAAAUCAUCGAUGAAUUUAGAAAAUAUUUCAAAUAUCUCUGCCAUUUCACUUUUAGAACAAAUUAUUAUACACAUGACAAUAAAACUCCGCGUCUCAAAUAUGUGCAAUAAUGACUUUAUUAUUAACAAAUUAAAAGUGGGAAGGCAGCAAUAAAUUUAUAAAUCUUGUUUUUAUUCACACUUCGAAUAAGAUAGCUUAAAAUAUGUAAUUAGAAUGUGCAGUAUUUUAGACAGUAUUAUAUAAAAUAAGCUCCAUAUAGAAAAUUCUUAGUACAGAAGGGCAUAAAUUGCUUUUAUACUCAAUAGAUUGACGAAAUAAGUUGCUUAAAAUUAUAUUUUUAUUUAUUUUAUAGUGAAAUCAGUUUGUGCCCAACAAAAUGUUGAAUGUUAAUAUAUUAUGAUAAAAACAAAAUAUAUGUAUUUAAUUGUUGAUUCUUGUUUAAGUGUGAACAAUAUAUUAAUAACUGUAGCACAAUGUAAACAAAUUUGCACUAAAAUAUACUGAAUAAAAUAACUAA